GGUAGCAUUACUUCCAUCACGUGGUUUGUCAAGUUCGUGUUUACGUUUACUGUUUAACGAUUGAUAGAUGGAGGAGAAAACGUUCGAUUAGUGACACGUUACGUUUCGUUUUUAACGCGAAAAUGAACUUGACGAAUGUGAUAACGUGUAUUUUUCUUCUAUGUCAUUUGUUUUUUGCGUGUAAUUGCAUCGAACCAGUGUCUACCGUCGGUUAUUUGAGUGCCGCCGUUGGAGUGUCAAGUAUUUAUGCUGGUUGGAACUUUCUUAAAUGCAAUAUAUACGAAUGUUGCAGUAAAGAGUGGAUAAAACCCAAUUUCUUAAACAUGAGCAAUGCAUUCAAUUCCAUGCUACACGGACAGCCCCUGGUAAAGCAGGUGGUCCUUCCGUCCCUGAAUGGCCACUUCAAGAACAGGGAUCCGAAGAAGGCGCUGGUCCUGUCCUUCCACGGCUGGGCAGGCACGGGGAAAAAUUUUGUCAGCAAACUGGUGGCAGAGAAUCUGUUCACCAAGGGAAUGAAGAGUGGUUACGUUCAUUUGUUCAUAGCCACCAAACACUUUCCAUUUCCUAAGAAACUAGACCAGUACAAGCAAGAACUACAGAAGAAGAUAGAGAAUUCUGUAAAGUCAUGCCAGACCUCACUGUUCAUUUUCGACGAGAUGGACAAGAUGCCGCCUGGACUGAUUGAUGCCCUGAAACCCUACAUCGACUACUACCACGAUGUGGAUGGCGUAAAUUAUAACAGGGCAAUUUAUAUUUUUCUGAGUAAUAUGGGCAGCAAGGCAAUUAACAACUUGAUGUAUAAAUUUUGGAAGGAUGGAAAAGACAGGAAUGACAUCACCAUGAAAGACAUGGAACCUCUUAUCAUCAAAGGUGUUUUCAAUGAAGAAGGUGGCUUUUACAAGAGCGAAAUCAUCGAGAGGCAUCUGAUCGACGCCCACGUUCCCUUCCUUCCCCUAGAAAAGAAUCACGUGAAGAUGUGCAUCAGGGACGACCUGGUGUCGAAGGGCCUGGAAGUCGAUCCCGAAUUUGUGGACCGUGUGGCGGACGAACUGGACUACUAUCCGGAAGAGGCGAAGAUCUUCUCUGUGUCGGGGUGCAAGAGGAUAAGUCAGAAGGUCGACGUGAUGAAGGCGGAUGAAUUUUGAUCGUCCAAAUUCAAACCAAUUUUGACUUAUUUAAGAAAUUUAAUUCUUUCAAAAAUGGCACAUGGUUUCUCCUAAGAAAGAAUUCCCACAAAUCUAUGUAAAGAAAUUGCUUCUUACACCAGUGUUUUUUUGUUAAAGAAAAAUACCCAACUGAUAUGAACACAUCUUUUACUAAACUGUUAAACGUAAAUGCACGUGUUAUCAUAAUUUGAAAUUUUGUGUGAAAUUAAUCGUGUUGCAGCUCAGAAAAUCAAAGUGGCACAUCUUCGAAUUAAUUAGUCGUAGAAUUACUGCAAAACAAAAAUUGUAUGUAUGUAAAAAUCACGAGUAGAGACUAUAAUUUCCAUAAAGUUUACAUUUCGACCAUUGAAUUCAACAGAUUUGUCUCUCUAAUUUGCAGGAAAUGUUUUCACGUGAGACUUGCUUCACACAUCUCAAUUGAUCUCGAUUGACAAACUAACCUGCCAAGGUUCCACACAAUCACGGGCAAUGAGUACCUUGCAGUUCUGGGGGACUCCCCAAAAGAAAGCUUUCUAAAACUUUUUUACAUCACUGUCUUUUGAUGUGUAAAGUGGAAACAAGCCUUAUUUUAUUAGUAGUAAAGAUUUUUACAAAAAAUGCUCUGCCAAGCAGCCAGAAGAUCCCCAAUAUCAUGAAUCGACUACCACGUAAACAGUGAAAAAAACUUAUCCAACUGUAUCUAUUUUAAUACAAAUUAAGAUGUCUGGAAAUAAAUAUAAUUAAUUAUAAAA